GUACCAGGGACAAUGAGCAGAGUGGAAAUCAAAGACAAGAUCGUGGCGUUGUUGAAGACGUUACCAAAGGAUAGAAUCCAACAUUAUACAUCUUUCAGAGAAAGUCAACUCGAUCGAUUCACCACCGGGACCACGGUGACCGACAUCCCGGAAAAGGACUUGAAGUUGCAGUACAUCGCCUUGAGAGACUUGGCCAACGAUAAGUACAAAAACUAUUACAAAUUAGAUGACAAGUUAUUGCGCCCCAAGGGAAAUCCCGAGUAUUAUGAGAGGCUCAUGAGUGAGAUCAAGGGUGAGAAGAAAGAGACGUUUUGGACUGCCAUCAGAACUGUUGUUUUCGGGAAAUAGAGAUGUAUAUAGUAAUGAUUAUGAGUUAUUUUCAC